AUGGUUCACACUCUGCGGCCGAGCGACGCCGAGAGUGACGCUCGAUCAGCUGAUUCCCACGCCGAUCAGCUGAUUGCGACGCGUGUAAACAAAAACAAAAACAAGGAAGGCGAGGACGUAAACAAACGGGAGUUGUUUCAGAGAAAUCUUGCAUUAGUAUUAAACAAAAUGGGUGACAAGGACCUGCCUUUGCUAUCAAAUAUAAAGGACAUAAGGGCACGACACUAUCUCUUACAUCUGAAGACAAGUGUAUUUAGUCAGAUAAUUGAAGGCAUUGUGUUUAUCUUCUUAGAGCCUGCAACAUUGUGUGAGAAAAAUGGUAAUUGCUGCGUGCGUGAGUGUUUCUGUUCAGACAAAAAGAAGGUUGUCAGUGAAGCUGCCUUAAAUUUACAAGGUAAAGAAAUUUUUGAUGACAGUAACAGCAACACAACAUUUGCAAGGACUUCUAGUGGUUUUAAUGAAGCAGACAAAGCUAGCACAACUAAAAGUUUUUAUGAAGGUUCUAACAAUACUGAGAGAAAUCUAUAUGAAAAGGAUACUCUGGCUGAUUCAGGGAAUUCAGGUAUUCUUUGUGGCCAAAGUAACCUAGAAAAGGCAUGUGCAUUAAGUCAAAGUGCAUGUGGAGUAGAGAAUGUACAUGAAGGCCAGAACAUAUUAGGGCAAGCAGAGAAAGGAGAUUCAGAAGAUUUAUUGGUAAAUCAUGAAGUUGGUACUCAAUCAGAAACACAAAAUGAUUUUAAGGUUGUGCUAGAUUGUUGUGAUAUUAAGGUAAAAUCUGUAAGUGAAGUAAUUUGCAAUAAAACUGAAGUUUCACAGUACUUACAUCCAGCAUUCAUUAGAAAAUGCAGUUUUGCCCUAAAUAUUUGGUCAGGCAAAGAGCAAGUACCCCUUCAGUACACUGUGGAACCAUGGUCUAUUAAUAUAUGGAAAAGAAAUGUACAGAAAGUUGCUGAUUUUCCCAGAGUUAUAUGCAUCAAAUAUGAAACAUCGCCACAAGGACAGUCACUGCUUUGGAGGAAUGACCAAGAUGGCAAUCCAUGUGUGUUUACUCCAGCUGCCACCAUCAAUAACCGUUCAUUACUCCCAUGUCAAGAUCCUCCGUCAGCCAUGGCUACCUGGCAAGCUUGGUUCACAGUGCCAAAAGGGUAUUAUCUAUCAAUGACAGGGGAUGAAAGACCAGUGAAAUUUAUUGGCUGUAUUGAGGAUUACAAAGACUGUUGGCUCAUGAAUCACUCCGAUUUUAAAAAUUGUGAUACACAAGAACCAUGCCAGGGAUCUACAAUUAGCAGACAAGACAUGGCAAAAGAAAUUAUACCUUCAGUUUGUUUUUAUUAUCAUACAACAAUGGUCUUGCCUAUUGCAACUAUAGCUAUUGCCAUUGGCAAAUGGGCAGUAGAUAUUCUCCCAGUGGUAAAACCUGUGAAUAAGCCAUGUGGGUCAUCCAUGAAUAAUAAAAUGACCAAAGAAACUCAUCCAUGUAAGCACUAUGAAUACCCUUGUCACAUCCAGUCCAAAUACUGGGGUAGUGAAACUGCUCUAUCUGUGGUUUAUCCUCCAUCUUCAUCUGAAGCAAUAAAGUCAGUUGCAUCAUUUCUACCUUUUGCCCUGCAAGCAUCUUGUGACCUUCUAGGCAGAUACCCAUGUCCCAGGCUAGAAGUUGUUCUGGUGCCAAAGUGUUUUGCAAGCUUGGGUUUAGCUUCUCCAAACUUAAUCUUCUUGUCACCAUCAAUGGUCUUGGAUGAUCCUGCCGCCUAUAUUCGUCUCGCACAUGAAAUAAGCCAUGCAUGGUUUGGGAUCAAUAUUGGUGCACAAGACUGGACAGAAGAAUGGAUUAGUGAAGGUUUUGCUACCUAUAUGGAAGACUCUAUCUAUGCACAAGCUACUUUGAUAGAGGAUGCUGUAUACAAGACAAAACAGCAAAGCAUCCCUGAAACUACUAGCAAAGAUAACCCAGUAGAAAUUUGGCAAGAUGAAGGUGUUGAUGGGAAAAAUGGAUUUUGUGAUGGGAGUGAUGUUAGUUGUGAUGCAGUUAAAGAUAAAGUUGUGACCUGCAGUUCAGUUACAUUGCUAUCGUCAUUGGAGCAUAAAGCAAUGAAAAUGAAAUACCUUGAGGAACUUUCAGAUCUUAGGGCACAUAUACGAUACAGAACUCUGACAAGUGAACUUGAAAAUUCAAGUGUAGAUUUGCAGAAGCUGAGACCUAUGCAGGGUGAGGCUUUAGUAGAUGAUAGUGGCAUUGGUUAUGUCAAAGAUGGAAGAAAUCCAGAAAAAACAUUUUUACAAGUGCAUUAUCUGAAGGGAUAUUUCCUACUGAAGUACAUGAGCAAAAUAAUAGGACGGAAAACUUUUGAUUCAAUGAUAAAAGAUUAUGUAACAUUUUAUCAUGGACAGUUGGUAUUAUCAGAACAGAUAAUAGACUUUUUCAUUAGUGCUUACCCGGAGGCUGCAGAAAAAGGGAUGACCCGCAUUGGUCUGUAUGAAGAUUGGCUCAAUCAUCCUGGACUCAAUCCUUAUAUUACUGAAAAAUAUGGUAAUAUAUCUAAUCACUUAGUGUCUGCAGUGAAGUCACAUUUUAAUUAUUGGCUUCAUGUUGACAAAAGUAGUAGACAAAAUCCAAGGGUUAAAAAGAUGAAGAUCAAUCUUGAAAAGUUCUCUUUUCCAGACCAGAUUGUCUUGCUCUUAGAAUAUAUUUUAGAACUGAAAAGUUUUUCUUGCAAGGCCUUACUACAGAUAUAUGAGCACUAUGACAUUGUAGCUCAGAAUGCUGAUGUUCGCCAUAGAUGGUGUGAAUUGGUAAUAUUAAAUAAUUUUCCCGACUUGCAUGAUGUGAGAAGAUUUUUAAUUGAGGACCAGGCAAUGGGAGUGUACCUGUAUGGAGAAUUGGUCAUAUCAGGGAAGAAGAAGCACAGAAAGCUAGCAGAAGAGGUAUAUGAAGAAGUCAAGGAAGACAUGGAUGAGAACGCUAGAGUAACCGUUUCUUCAAUGCUGUUUGGAGAGUGAAUUAAGUAUUUACAUGCUGCUUUUUUGUCCAUUUUUCCCUUCUUUUCACAUUUUUUUGGUAUUUGUCCUCCUUUCUUCCAUUGAUAUGUUUUCUCAUUUUCCCUUUAGGAUCUCACAGUAUAUUGUCUCUAAGGAUGUAUUACCUAUAUGGAUAUAUAUUUUCUAUUAUAAGUUAUAUAUGCCUAAAAGUCUUUUCAAAUAUUAUUAGUUCACAGAUAUAAUGCAUUUAAUGUUUUAAUUUGAAAAUUUACAUUCAGGAUUAUACUGGAAUACUGCCAUUAUCUCAGGAACUUGUAUGAGGAUAUAUUUUUCUAAAUAGAUAUGAAAUACAAUUAGUGUGUGGUUUUUAUUAUUUCAUCCAAGGCAAAAAACACUAAAUAUAUUGUAAAUUUAGAAAUUAUGAAAAACAAC